UGUUGGUCUUGCACCGGGAAACCGGAGCCGAGGCGGGGGCGGGUCGAGGUCGCGGGAACCACCUUGUCCCCGCCCCGCUUUAAUUUGGCCUCUUCCGUUCUUCUCGGCAAAAUGGUUCCCGACAACUUGAACUUGACGUCUGAUAACCCCACGCGCCAUCAUGUCCACAGAGCUAGUGCAGGACGAAGACUACCUGUCAGAAGAGGACUCCGAUUUCGCACCGGGAGAUGCACCCGGCGAGGAGUCAGCUAGCUCAGAUGACGACGAGGCAGCCGUCGCCGAGGACCAUGCUCCAGGGAAGCGCAAGAGACGGGAUGUUGGCGAUGACGGUGCCGAGGUUACUGGCUUUGAGAACUCCGGGGACGAGGCGAUUAUUGAAAAAGGGGAAAAGCGGCAGAAAAAGUUGAAAAGGAAAGAUGGCAGGGCGGAUAAUACAGAUGAAGAGGAGGGGGGCGAAGGAGGACUAGUGAAGACGCGACGAAUGCGCGCUGCCGAGAAAGCCGAAAAACGAACGGGAGCAGCCAGCGGUCCGGUGACGAUUGACGUGGAUGCGCUGUGGGCGCAAAUGACCAGCGAGCCCGUCGUCCGAAAAGCGCAAAACAAACCAUUCACAACGUCGCAGCCAAAACAGGACGCUCUCAGGCCUUCCACGCAACCAGCCCAACCAAACCCCGACAGGCCACUCGAUGAGUCCAACCUGAUCCGCAUAAAACGAACCUACAACUUCGCCGGCAAGGUGCACACCGAGGAGAAGCUCGUGGCGCGCGAUUCGGCUGAGGCGAAGCUCUACCUCGCCGAGAACCCCACCAACCCCGACGGCGACGACCCCUCCUCCUCCUCCUCUCCCACACAGAAACGCCUGCCCAGAAAAGCCUUCCGGUCCGUCUUCGAGCCGGUCGCCGCCGCCGACGGCCUGUCCGCGCGCACCGAUCUCAACCUGUGUCUGUCAGAGCGGCUGCGAGCGCGCGAGCUGGCCGCCAACCAGGCCGAGGCCAAGAAGCUGAACACGGUGGAAAAGAGCAGGAUGGACUGGGCCGGGUUUGUCGACCGGGAAGGCAUCAAGGACGAGCUGGAGCUGGCGGGCAAGUCGAAGCACUCGUUCGCGGCGCGGCAGGAGUUCUUGGCGAGGAGCGAGGCCGUCAGGGAGGAGGAGGCGAGGCGGUUGCGCAUGGCAGAACGGGUUUGACUUGGUUGGGCUACUGUGUUUGUAUGGAUGGAUGAAAGUAUGUGCGGCGUACUCUACAUAUUAAUAGGGCAUAAGAGGGGGGUGUAGGGUAGGGAAACAGCGGCGUUGGGGAAUAACGUAAUACCCGGAGUCAAGGUUGUCUAAUAUUACACGAUUACCGUAGGUUCAAGCGUCCGAUCUAUGACACAGCCAUACAGCUUGCGGCCGGCAGGCACAGCAC